CGCGCGACGCUCGAGCGCGCGACGACGCGCGAGCGAACGCGCGGCGAACGAUCGCGACGACGAAGGCGCGCGUCGCGACGACGACGACGCGCCGAACGCGAUGAUUCCGCGAAGAGUCGCGCACAAUCCAAUCAUCGGCCCGGGCGUGGUGCCGCGCGGCGUCGACGCCGAGUACGACGCGGCGUGCGCGCGGGACGACGCGCGCGAUGGACCGGCGACGACGACGCACGCGCCGGCGAGCGGACGCGCGUUCACGCUGGAUGGGAAGGCGCGGGAGAAGGCGCCGACGACGCGAACGCAGACGCCGUACGUGACGGGGACGAGCGCGCUGGGGCUGAAGUACGGCGACGGCGUGCUGUUGGCGUGCGACACGCUGGCGUGCUACGGAAGCACGAAGAGGUAUAAAAACGUUGAACGGGUGAAGAAGGUGAACGAACGGUGCGCGAUCGCGUUCACGGGGGAGCUGAGCGAUUUUACGUACGUGUGUAAUCUGUUGGAGGAGUUGACCACGGAGGACUUUUGCGAGGACGAUGGAAUGACGCGAGACGCGGAGGAGAUUUAUCAAUAUCUCACGCGAGUGAUGUAUAAUCGGAGGAAUAAGUUCGAUCCGCUCUGGAACUCGCUCGUCGUCGCGGGAUUGAAGACAAACGGGGAGACGUUUUUGGGCACGGUGGGGAUGAUCGGAACGCACUACGAAGACGAUCACGUCUGCGCUGGGUUUGGCAAUCACAUCGCGAGACCGAUUUUCAGAGAGUUUUACAAGGCUGAUAUGACGGAGGAGCAGGCGGUGGAGGUGAUGCGAUCGGCGCUGUACGCGUGCGUGAUGCGCGACAAGCAGAUGAUGAACAAGUUUCAAAUUUGUAAAGUCACGAAGGAUGGGGUGACGAUCAGCGAACCGUUCGCCGUGCCCACGGAAUGGGGCUAUGAAAAGUUUUACAACCCCACGAAGUUCUCCGAGACGGGUUGGUAGAGGGCGCCGCUUCGCGCGCGAAAAAUUUCA